GUUUCCAGCCGUGGUGCUGGCAUCUGCUGAGACUGCAGCCUCGGAUUUGUCCUUUUUUUCUUUCCUCCCACUUCCCUUCUUCACCCCCACGUGAACUUGUCACCUGAGGACUGUAAAAACUAAUUAGUUUGAAAAUGGAGAACCAAGAACCAACGGAUUCUUCUCAGAAUACCAAACAGUCUAUUAUUUCAGAGGAGUUAAUUUCAGAAGGAAAAUGGGUCAAGCUUGAAAAAACAACUUACAUGGAUCCUACUGGUAAAACUAGAACCUGGGAAACAGUGAAACGCACAACCAGGAAGGGACAGACUGCUGAUGGUGUAGCGGUCAUCCCUGUGCUGCAGAGAACCCUUCAUUACGAGUGCAUUGUUCUAGUGAAACAGUUCCGACCACCGAUGGGCGGCUACUGCCUCGAGUUCCCUGCAGGUCUCAUAGAUGAAAACGAAAGCCCAGAAGCAGCUGCUCUGCGGGAGCUUGAGGAAGAAACUGGCUAUAAAGGUGACGUUGCUGAAUGCUCUCCAGCUGUAUGCAUGGACCCAGGUUUGUCGAACUGUACCACACACAUCGUGACAGUAACCAUUAAUGGGGAUGACGCAGAAAACGUACGACCCAAGCCAAAGCCAGGGGAUGGAGAGUUUGUGGAAGUAAUUUCUUUACCAAAGAAUGACCUGCUGAAGAGAAUUGAUGCUCUGGUAGCUGAAGAACAUCUUACGGUGGAUGCCAGAGUCUAUUCCUAUGCUCUCGCGCUGAAACACGCAAACACGAAGCCAUUUGAAGUGCCCUUCUUGAAAUUUUAAGGUUAAAGACAACACUGGCCAUACGUUUUUAUAAAUGAGACCACCAGGCCUUCUUCACUAAGACUUUGUAUUCAACUUAGUUUAAUGUAGAUUUGAAAUUAGCUUUUUCAUAAAAUAAAAGCGCAGAA